CGGCCAGCUCGUAAAUAGCGGAGUUUCUGAGCGCACGGGAAGGCACCACAGCAGCACAUUCACAGAGCACAGCAGCCUGUCCUCUGUCUCCAUCAACACUCACCACUCCACAACAAUCUCCACAACAAUCCACCGCCUCGGACACCUCACCGACCGCAGCACUUUGCUACACCGAAAUGGAUGCGCUCAGGUCGGCAGGGCGAGCAAUCAUCCGAAGUCCCAGCAUGGCGAAGCAAUCGUGGACAUCGGGCAGACACAGAAAGCUCCCAGAGAACUGGACGGACACACGGGAGACCAUCUUGGAGGGCAUGACGUUUAACCUUCGACAUCUGGGCAUGACCCUAGUUGACCAGCCCAAGGGUCAGGAGCUCUCAGCAGCGGCAGUUAAGAGGAUUGUUGCCACGGCCAAAGCCAGUGGAAAGAAGCCUCAAAAAGUCUCCCUCAAAAUCUCUCCAAAUGGAAUUGCUUUAUACGACAGCACCACUGACAAACUCCUGGAGAAUGUUUCAAUAUACAGGAUAUCCUACUGCACUGUGGACAAGCUGCAUGAUAAAGUGUUUGCCUACAUAGCCCAAAAUACUCUGAAUGGGACGCUGGAAUGUCAUGCCUACCUCUGCUCCAAACGGAAAGUGGCCCAGGCGGUCGCUCUGACAGUAGCACAAGCCUUCACAGUAGCUUUUGAACUCUGGCAAGUGGCAAAAGAAGAGAAAGGAAAGCGCGCCAAGUCUGGUUCUGCUGGGGAGUCCAGUAAUAGUUCCCGUUCGGAGAGGUCCAACAGUUUGGGGAGUCUUAAGGGGACAGACGUGGCCACGGACAACCUGCUGGACUUUGAUGACAGUGGAAAUGUGCUGGAGACCAUUGGGAACAUGAACGUGGGACAUCUGGAUAACCACCAACCUCAGGAGAGCAAUAACAACCCGGAGUGGGAGAUUGAGGAUGGUUUGGAUGAAGCUUUCUCCAGCCUGGCAGUGUCCCGUAGUAACCCCCAGGUCCUGGACGUUGGGGUGAUGCCUCAGGACUGGCUUACACAACCCGACUGGGACCAGAGCACUAACGCCAACCACAACAACAAUUGCUCCAGUCCAUUUGGAGACGACAUCUUUGCCUUCUGACCACUGCGCCAAUCACACCUAGAGAGGGAACAACCAAUCACAGAAAUGGCUGGGAGAGGGGACAACCAAUUGGCAAGCAUCACUGUGUUUUAAAUGGCUUCAGUAAGCCCAUUCUUGACCUCUUCCAUUCUUCUUGCACACUUUAUAUGGACAGACAAAAAUGGCACAAUAUGCUGCCACGCACACCAAAGCAAUAAUACUAAGUUACUGUUACUACCACAUAAGUCUGUAUACCUUUUGUUUACUUUGUUUUAUUUGUCAUUUCAUAAUCAGUAUUUUCUCUGUUUAGUUAUAAUGUAUAGUUUUAUAAUUAUUUUUAGUUGUAUAAUUAUUUUUAUAUUAAUAAUAAAAACAACUUAGAAUUUAAUUUAGAAUACUGUACAGACAGGCCUUAAUAAUAACAAGACAAUCGGAUUUUGACAUUAUUGUGAAUAUCAACAACAGACGCUAAUAGUUGUAUUUAUAUGAUAUUUGUACUAAGGGCUCUCAGUCUGUUUUUAGGCAUUUAGUGCAGUGUGACAGAUUAUCAAGAAUGAGGCCUAUUUUGUAUGAUACUGUCUAUUAAGGGCUGCCUGGAUCAUGUAAUGAUCAUGUCAAUGUAAACUACAGUAAACCAGCAAUGUACAGAAUUAAAAAGAAUGACGAUA